AAUUCUGUAUCCAUUCAAUAAUAACGGGGAAUGCUCGAAUCAUCACAUAGCGCACGAAAUCAUAUUUGUACUAUUCUUUCAUUAAACAUUUAAUAAUUGAAAUACGUCCCUGACACUAUUAAAUCUGAAUCAUCUGACACGUUUAAACUAUAUAGUAUACACUGUUUAGUUGCAUUAUUUAUGUAUUUGCAAAAGAUCGGCAAAACAUUUUAUGCGGUUGCACUACAUAUUAGUCGUUACUCAGUUGGAUAUUACAUAUUGUGAAUUGAAUUAGUGAACAGGCAUUUUAAAUGUAAUAUGGCUUUAAAUCGGAUCCCAAUAAAAUUUAAUAUGCUGCGAGGCCGCACCGUUUUAGCCAUAAAAUACGAAAAAGGGGUGCUGAUUGUUGCUGACAAGAUACUGGUAUCACCGAAAGGAACAGAAUAUCAUGGUAAGGAACGAAUUUUCAAAAUAAGCGAAAUUAUCAUCUUGGGCGGUAGCGGUGAUAGUGCGGAUUUACAAAACAUUAUUGAUAAAAUUGAGGAGUUAAAAUUUGAGCAUGAUCGUUAUGGUAUCACAUUAACACCACUCAUGCUGUCUAAUUGGCUCACAAAACAGUUUUAUUUUCAUCAUACAAAUGGAAGUACCCUGCAUAUUGAUGUAAUUGUGGGCGGCCUAGAGGCUGGGGAACCAUUUUUGGCACAUAUCCGACAUGACGGUUCUGCUUGGGAACAUACAUACACCGCUUGUGACUUCUACUGUGAUAUAGUACCUGGAGAUGUGAGUUAUAAAAAUUUGGUUUACGAGCAUAUCAAAGCUGAAAUAAAUAAAUUAAGUAGCUGUUCAGUUGAAGGCAAACCAUCUAAUUUGAUUAGAAGAGAAGAAGCAUUAACAAUCAUUAUAGAUGCCGCAAAACAUAUGAGUAGACGUUUCAAACAUUCCAAUGAAGUAUAUUUAUUGGGAGAAUGUGAUAUAGUUGACAAAAACUCUUGCAACAUCGCAAUCGAAGAGUUAAGCUGUUAAUGCUUUAAAAAGUACCACAAAAAAAUUAUGAAUUUUAAUAAACUAGUAACUACUACUUA